AUGUCUGAUAAAUCUUCAACUGUUAAAUGCAAGAAGUAUUACUCAUGCUGUGUUUGUGAUAAAACAUUUUCACACCUAGGCACUUUAAAGAGACAUUAUCUCGUUCAUACUGGUGAGAAAGCUUAUUCAUGCAGUCUAUGUGAUAAAACAUUCUCACACAAAGGCAAUUUAACGAGACAUACUCUUGUCCAUACUGGAGCAGAAAAGCCUUAUUCAUGCAAUGAAUGUGAUCAAACAUUCUGGGGAAGAGAUAAAUUAAAAAUACAUUUACUUAUUCAUACAGGAGAGAAGCCUCAUUCAUGCAGUGUGUGCAAUAGAAAAUUCACAGAAAAAAGCAGUUUAACAAAGCAUAUUCUUAUUCAUACUGGAAAGAAGUCUCAUUCAUGUAGUUUAUGUGAUAAAACUUUCUCACAGAAAGGCAAUUUAAAUAGACAUUCAUUUAUUCAUACACAAGAGAAAUCCUAUUCAUGCAAUGUAUGUGAUAAACCAUUCUCACAGAAAGAAACAUUAAAAAAGCACUAUAUUGUUCAUACCGGUGAGAAACCUCAUUCUUGCAGUGUGUGUGAUAAAUCCUUUGCACAGAAACAUAACUUAAAUCGACAUUUUCUAAUACAUGGUUAA